AUGAAAUUACUAGCCAGUUUCCAUAAGUCAUUCCCUAAUCUACGUCUUUCCUUCUUCUCCAGCAUUCCAGCAAAAUCCCCAAACCUCCCUUCCCCUUUCCUGCCUCUACCACCGAUCAAAAUCUUCCACCAAUGUCCUUCUCCGCCAAUCGCAACCUCCAUUGUCGUCGCUCCUCUUUUCUCACCGUCGUCUCCUUCCUUUAACAGCUCAGAUUUACAUCGAAGUUUAGAAGCUUAUACUGCUCUUGGCGACUACGGUGGUGGAGACUCCGCUUUGGCUUCUCUUUGGGAUGCUCUUCCGUCAGUCUUCCUCGACGGAGGCCAGAUUUCUCUUCCUCCUAGUUACGGAAAGUCUUCGGUGUUACAAGCAUUGUUGGGGGAGAUUUUUCUUCUUAAUGGAUUAGGGAGUGUGACAAGAAGACUCUUGGUGUUGUAGUUGCAAAAAAACGAUGAUGGAUUGAGUAUGCUGAAUUUGGACAUAUGCCACAUUAAUCAAUUCAUAAAACCCUAUAUCUCUCUUCUGUUUUAUCUCUUCCGGUAGAUCAAAGUGAUUCUUCUUCUUGUCAUAUGAAGCUUUUUUGAUUUGGAUGCAUUUUGUGUCACAAAGGCGGAAUAUGAAGAUUUUGGAUCUUCUCGUGAUUGUAUGCAAUUCCUUCUUUAGUUCAUAUUACUAAAAGCUUGAAAUUAAGGCGUGACUCUUGUUCUUAGUUAGUCUAGUUAGAACCAAAGUUGGUGUGUUUCAUGGAGGUUGGCGGUGGUUCCACCACCGCAUCAGAUAUGGUUUUCAGUGUUGGUGUUUACAAAAGGAAGUUCUGAAAGAAAAGAUGCACACAAGGUGUUUGAUGAAAUGCCUUAAUGGAAUUUGGUAAGUUAUUAAGUUGUGAAAGCAUACUUUUUGUGUAUUAAACCAUGGGAAAAUGACAUAAAAGCCCUUAAGUUUUCACAAAAAUGUCGGUUUUAUCCUUGGACGUGUUUUAUGUCCAGUAAAGCCCGAAGUUUUGUUUAAUUUGUUCAUUUUUACCCUUGUAGCCGGUUUUCAGGUAACCUACCGGUUACCUAAUGCCAGUAAAGCCCUUGAAUUUUAAAAAAUGUUCAGAUUUACCCUUAAGUUUUUCAAAAAUGUUCGGAUUUAUCCUUAUAUUGAUUGUUGUUGUUAUUAUUAUUAUUAU